AUGCCAGCCGGCUUCAGUGUCCACCUGACUCUUUGGCUGGACUCUCUGAUGGAGCGGGGCGGCUUCCUGUUGUCCCAUUUCCAGGCUUCCAGGCGUCCUCACUGCACAUCAGUGAGCCGCCAAGCCUACAGCAGUCCCCAAGGCCCCCGCAAGGUGAUUUCUGUCCUUUUUCUCCCUCACAGGGACUUCCUUCCCCGUGGUUCCGGAAUCGUCACCCGCCGGCCUCUCAUUCUGCAGCUCAUCUUCUCCAAAACAGAAUAUGCCGAGUUUUUGCACUGCAAAUCGAAAAAGUUUACAGACUUCGAUGAGGUCCGGCAGGAGAUCGAAGCGGAGACCGACAGGGUCACGGGGACCAACAAAGGCAUCUCCCCAGUGCCCAUCAACCUGCGAGUGUACUCGCCACACGUGUUGAACUUGACCCUCAUCGACCUCCCGGGCAUCACCAAAGUGCCCGUGGGCGACCAGCCCCCAGACAUCGAGUACCAGAUCAAGGACAUGAUCCUGCAGUUCAUCAGCCGGGAGAGCAGCCUGAUCCUCGCCGUCACUCCAGCCAACAUGGACCUGGCCAACUCGGACGCCCUCAAGCUGGCCAAGGAGGUCGAUCCCCAAGGCCUGCGGACCAUCGGCGUCAUCACCAAGCUGGACCUGAUGGACGAGGGCACCGAUGCCAGGGACGUCCUGGAGAACAAGCUGCUGCCCCUGAGGAGAGGCUACAUCGGCGUGGUGAACCGCAGCCAGAAGGACAUCGAGGGCAAGAAGGACAUCCGUGCGGCGCUGGCGGCUGAGAGGAAGUUCUUCCUCUCCCACCCGGCGUACCGGCACAUGGCCGACCGCAUGGGCACGCCGCACCUGCAGAAGACCCUGAAUCAGCAACUGACCAACCACAUCCGGGAGUCGCUGCCGGCGCUGCGCAGCAAACUGCAGAGCCAGCUGCUGUCGCUGGAGAAGGAGGUGGAGGAGUACAAGAACUUCCGGCCCGAUGACCCCACGCGCAAGACCAAAGCCCUCCUGCAGAUGGUCCAGCAGUUUGGGGUGGACUUUGAGAAAAGGAUCGAGGGUUCCGGAGACCAAGUGGACACGCUGGAGCUCUCGGGUGGCGCCCGGAUCAAUCGCAUCUUCCACGAGCGGUUUCCCUUCGAACUGGUGAAGAUGGAGUUCGAUGAGAAGGACUUACGCCGAGAGAUCAGCUACGCCAUCAAGAACAUCCACGGGGUCAGGACGGGGCUCUUCACCCCCGACAUGGCCUUUGAAGCCAUUGUGAAAAAACAGAUUGUAAAGCUCAAAGAGCCGAGUCUGAAGUGCGUCGAUCUCGUGGUCUCAGAGCUGGCCACGGUGAUUAAAAAGUGCGCCGAGAAGCUCAGCUCCUACCCCCGGCUGCGAGAGGAGACGGAGCGAAUCGUCACCACUUACAUCCGGGAACGAGAGGGCCGGACCAAGGACCAGAUUCUCCUUCUGAUCGACAUCGAGCAGUCGUACAUCAACACCAACCACGAAGACUUCAUCGGAUUUGCCAACGCCCAGCAGAGGAGCACGCAGCUGAACAAGAAGAGAGCCAUCCCCAAUCAGGGGGAGAUCUUGGUCAUCCGCAGAGGCUGGCUGACCAUCAACAACAUCAGCCUGAUGAAGGGCGGCUCCAAGGAGUACUGGUUCGUGCUCACCGCCGAGUCGCUGUCCUGGUACAAGGACGAGGAGGAGAAAGAGAAGAAGUACAUGCUGCCCCUGGACAACCUCAAGAUCCGCGACGUGGAGAAGGGCUUCAUGUCCAACAAGCACGUGUUCGCCAUCUUCAACACGGAGCAGAGGAACGUCUACAAGGACCUGCGGCAGAUCGAGCUGGCCUGUGACUCGCAGGAGGAUGUGGACAGCUGGAAGGCCUCGUUCCUGCGCGCCGGGGUCUACCCGGAGAAGGACCAGGCAGAGAAUGAGGACGGGGCCCAGGAGAACACCUUCUCCAUGGACCCGCAGCUGGAGCGGCAGGUGGAGACCAUUCGCAACCUGGUGGACUCGUACGUGGCCAUCAUCAACAAGUCCAUCCGCGACCUCAUGCCAAAAACCAUCAUGCACCUCAUGAUCAACAACACCAAGGCCUUCAUCCACCACGAGCUGCUGGCCUACCUGUACUCGUCGGCCGACCAGAGCAGCCUCAUGGAGGAGUCGGCCGACCAGGCUCAGCGGCGGGACGACAUGCUGCGCAUGUACCACGCGCUCAAGGAGGCGCUUAACAUCAUCGGGGACAUCAGCACCAGCACCGUGUCCACGCCCGUGCCCCCGCCCGUCGACGACACCUGGCUGCAGAGCGCCAGCGGCCACAGCCCCACGCCGCAGCGCCGACCAGUGUCCAGCGUGCACCCCCCCGGCAGGCCCCCGGCGGUGAGGGGCCCGACUCCGGGGCCCCCCUUGAUCCCCAUGCCAGUGGGGGCGGCAGCCUCCUUCUCAGCACCCCCCAUCCCGUCCCGGCCCGGCCCCCAGAGCGUGUUCAUCAACAGUGACCCCUUCUCGGCUCCGCCUCAGAUCCCGUCUCCGCCAGCCCCGAUCCCGCAUCCCUCCCGGAGUGCCCAGCAGAAGACCCCCCGCUGCGCCCAGCCGGCCCACCAUUAUCCGCCCAGCCGAGCCGUCCUUGCUCGACUAGGGGUCGGGGGCUAUGCUGGGGCGCCUGGCGCACCCCCUGUGCCGGAGCUUUGGUGGCCUGGGCCCCGACGCCAUCCCCGGCCCUCCAGCCCCUAUGCUGGGACCAGGCUCCCUGCGGGUAGCCCCUGCCUGUCCCCUAAUCCUGGCCCCACUUCCGGCUGGACACGCACUGAGCAAAGGGGUCCUGGAGCCCUGGGCCAGGGCGCUGGGGUGUUGCACUUUGGGGGACAGGGUGCGCAGAGGGACCUGCACCCUGGGUGCCAUCACGAAUGAGGGAACCAGGCAGAGGUAGGGUCGCUGCCAGCGGCCGUUUGACCGGGUGAGCCCAAGCAGAGCAGGCCUUGGAGAAGCGGGGCGCCGAGAGCACGUGCGCCACCCUGCCCUCGCGGGGUGCAUGGAGCCCGGGCGGCCGGCCAGGCCCGAGUUGUACAUAUUCCUUCCUUGGCCAUAUUAACCAACAGCCUGAGCGCCCAGCCUCGGCUGCCGGAGGUGCCUGCGCCAGGCCCGGAACCCUCAGCCGGGCCAGCCCCGCGCUCCCCUCCUUGGCCCGGCCCCCUUCUCCUGGGCAGCCCAGGGUGGCUCUGGCUUGGAGCACUGUGGGCUGGGGAGCCUUUGGGAGCCUCUCUCUGAGACCUCGCUCGCCCCCGCGCGGUUGACCACUGUAAGUGCCUGUACUCUGUAUCCUAUUAAUAAACUAAAAUAAAGGGACGAAGCUUCUGGUG